CGUCCCCUUAUGGAAACUGUCUUGAAAAUUCUGCUCCGUCAAAAAUGAGGAAAAAGGCCAAUUUACGAUGUUUUUUCAUUUGGAUUUUGCGAUAAUGUGCGUCUUUUCGACUUCCGUCAUACUGUGAGUUUUAAGUUUUGAAAUAUAACUUUUUACAAAAAGAAAGACUUGAUAACUAUAGUAUUCUCUUUGUUUACCGUCUAAAUAGUAAUCACACUACACAACCAAAAUCAACUCACAAAUUAUGUAAGACUCGAUAAAUGUAAUAUACAAAGGAGUUAACGCCAAAAGGUAUACAAUUUAACCUUUGAACUUUAUAACUGUAAAUAAAGAGGCAUCCAAGGGGAGAACAAAAUGUCUUUUGCUGAAACAACAAAAAUUCUUGCUGAAAGCCGUAAGGUCAUAGAGGAUGGCAAUGAAAAUAAUACGGCAACUCUUUUAACAUUAAUCUUAAGUGUUGUAACAUCUGUUGAACAUAGUAUAAAAAAGAUUGAAUCUGGUAUGGAAAGUAUAGAGAAAAUAAAAACAACUGUCACACUGCUAUCUGCUGAUCUGCGUACACAUACGAAAAAUUUGAAAGAUCUAGAAGAAAAAAGUAAUACUCUGGAAACUAGCGUACAAGCUAUGAGUGAUAUGUAUGAUCAAUGUAAAACAGAAUAUAAAACUUCAUCAAACCAAAUUAGUGCUCUCAACAAAAAAGUUGACUAUCUUGAAAAAAAGUUGGAGCAAAGCCAAACAAGUAUCGGUCAAUCGUCUACAAAACAGGUACAAGACGAUGAAAUAAUUGAACUUAAAGAUAAAAUAUUAGACCUCCAGUGCCGUAGUAUGAAGAAUAACCUCAUUUUCACAGGCCUUUGCCAUUCAAAAUUUGAAAAUUGUGAAAACAAACUCCGAGGAUUCAUACGUCAAGAAUUAGAAAUAAAUCACUUCAUUGAGUUUGGAAACGUUCAUCGCUUUGGUAAGCCUGGUCUUAAUGGUGCUCGCCCGAUCGUCGCUCGAUUCAUUUAUCACAGCGACCUCCAAUUUGUGCUUAAUAACGCCAACAAGCUGAGAGGUGCCCCAUUUGGCAUAAGUGAACAGUUCCCUGCAGAAAUUGUUAAACGUAGGAAAAAACUAUUCCCGAUAAUGAAAGAAGCUAAGCAACAACAAAGGGAUGUAGUUCUCGUCCGGGACCGCCUGUAUAUUGAUGGACAACUUUACAAUAUACAGGAAGAUGACGACUUUGAAAGACAUAUGGAAAGUGACAGUGCUGUAAACCAAGCCCCUCCAUCACCAUUGAGGUCACCGCCGAACAACAGAAUAACGCCAGAUAAAAGACCAACUAAAAUACGUCGUCAAAAUGGUACAACGCCGAGUUAGGGAUGUCAGGGAGAACCCACAAGCACAAGUCUUAUUGUAGAUAAUUCAAACU